AUGCUUUCUAUGGGUUCUCUCUUUAUGGACUAUCUGAUCGGUCCUAAAAUUGGUCAGGGUGCAUUUGGUGAGAUCUAUUUGGCCAUAGACACAAAAACAGGUCUUCUUUGGGCUAUAAAAACAGAGAAUUCGGAAGCAAAACGAAAAACACUCGAAUUUGAGUAUCAGGUUCUUGCACAAAUUCAGUCUUCUCCUCAUUUUCCUCGAUUGGGAACAUUUGGAAAGUGCUCUGCAUUCUCAUUUUAUUCAAUGGAAAUUUUAGGUCCAUCAAUUUCAAAUAUUUUAAAGUUAAUACAUGAUAAUCGAUUCUCUUUUUCAACGACAAUCAGAACAAUAUACCAUAUGCUAAAAUGCAUCGAAUCAUUUCAUAUUUUUGGUUUAAUUCAUCGCGAUAUUAAACCAGGCAAUAUUCUUACAAGAGAAGGUCAUGAGCAUCCUCUGUGCUUAGUAGACUUUGGUCUUUCACAUGUUUAUAUUGAUCCAAAUUCUGGAAAAAUUUUACCUCCACGAAAGCGUCUAGGAUUCCGUGGAACCAAGGUCUAUGCAUCUAUAUAUGCACACCAGAACGAAGAUCUCGGCAGGAGAGAUGAUCUUUUGUCUUGGUUUUAUGUUUCGAUGGAAUUGUUAGUUGGAUCUCUUCCUUGGAGAGGCAAAACAGACAAAUACGAAAUUUUACAGAUGAAGUUAAACUAUAACGUUCAAGAAGCUAUCGGAAACAAGGUUCCAGAAUUAGUUACGAUUUACAAUCUUCUUUCUCGACUUUCUUUUGCAGAUACACCUAAUUACGCCCAAAUAUAUCAGCUUCUUGAUACUGCGAUGAAGAGAAAUCACAUAUCUAUGGAUGAUCCUUAUGAUUGGUCAGAUAUCCUUCAUUCGCAAAGACAGAAGACAGCUCAUGCAUUAGAAAACCUUACUAUUAAAUACAAGCUUACUUCUGUUAAAGCAGAUAAAGCUUUGAAUGAAAUAACACUCCAUACACCUUUGCUUCCUCAUAUUUCAGCUGCGGCUCCAUUUAGACAAGCUGAUGAUGAUUCUGCAUGCUGCUGUUAG